CCAUUUAAACAGGUUAAGUAAGUUACUUCAACUGAGAUGGCUGACGUCAGAGAGCAGUUACUCUCCAUUGAGGAGAAGUAUAAACGUUUCAAACAACAGCAAUUUAUAUUUAUAACAGCCCUUGAGCGGUCGAGAGAGCACGCCAGGGACAAAACUGAGCCUGUCUCCACCGUCGCACAGGUCCAAAGAUACAUGAAUCACCACUGCAGCAAUUCCACGGACAGACGCAUCUUUUUGCUUUUUUUGGAAAUUAUUUCGGAUCUUGGAGGCGUUUUAAAACAUCUCGAGUCCUCACUGUCUAGCCAAAACACUUCCUGUGAGAGCCUGGAUACUUGCAGGGAGAUCCUCGGCCCCAACAGCAACAUCAGCCAGCUAAGGGCACACUACCCACACAAUGAUAUCAACCGGCUGAGCUGUGAUGAAGCAAGGAAUUUCUAUGGUGGGAUUGUUAGCGUGAUUGCACUGGCUCUAGACCUCCUCACCACCUACAGUAAAGGAGGUGUUCAACAUCUCACUCCAACAGCUACAGAAACAUCUCAACAAACAGUAGCAAAGAAUGUGGGGAUGGUUGCAGACCUUGAUAAAGACACCAGUGAGAACCCGAGUAGAUAUAAAAAAGGCACAGGAGGCUGGCAUGCUGGAAAACCAGCUUGGAAGCCACCAGGAAAUACAAGGAAAUAGAUAAUACUUGUUCAAUACUUGCGCAUGUUUUUGCUUUCAUAUGUUUUCACAAAAGUAUUAUAUACAAUUAUAAUUUUAAAAUAGAUGACUAUGACAAAAAAUUAUGCAAAACAUAUAUAUUUUAUUUUUUGUUGAUCAUAGCAAGUUGAACACAAAUCUGUUUUCUUAAAUUCAAAAUAGAGUCCCUGGUUACCCGUUACACCAAACACCGUCUGAUUGUACCAUUGUUCAGAUAACUUUUGACAAACGACUUCAGGUGACGGACAGGUUUCAUACUUUUUUAAGUAAGGCAUUUUGUGAAACAACAAAAUGUUUGAGAGGGCUUUUGGUAUAAAAACAACGUAAAGCCUGAGUGACAGGGAAACAAAGCACAAGCUGUAAGAUCACACUCAUGGUGAACUGUGAUAAGAA